UUUUUUAUUUGUUGCCCCUGCAUGCAGAGUCUCCCAGCUCCAGAACAAAAGUACUGGCGCUCAGCAUGAAAUGCCAAAAUUCAGAACUGAAAUUUCUCAAAAUUUGCACAGCUCAAAUAUGACGAAAUGGAAUUUAGACAGCUUGGAUGAAUUCAAAUACGGAUUUCCAUCAAACGGCUUAUCAAAUGUUACUCAUAGAUGGUGGGGAAACUCAAGUUCCAAUUCUAACGGUGGUGAUGGUCGGAAAAAUGAUAAUGAAGACGCCAAUGAAAGCAAUCAACAAUCGAAGGAGAAUUUUGCUGAAAAAAAUGAUAAUGAAGAUGCCGACAAAAGCAAUCAACAGUCGAAGGAGGACUUGGCAGAUGAUGCUGUGGAUUUGUCAUCAGAGGACGGGGAGAUGUCUGAAAGCAAGACAAAUGAAACAGAAGUAGAUACUCAGUGGACGCAUUUGCUUUCUACUUUGAGGAAGAGAGCUGUCAAAGAGGGAAACCAAGCUCUGAAGCUCGGUGUUUACAGGGGAUACGGUGUAAACAAGCUCGAUCAGUCCAAGAAAAUGGUACUCCAUCAAAUAUUCAAAUCAUCAUUU